AUGUCUGCCGACGCAACCAUCAACACCGCCACGGGCAACCACGCCGUGGACCCGUACAAGACUCAGAACUUCGAGGACCCUCCUCUCCCCCAGAAGAUCGAGGAGCUGGUCGACUUUAUCUCUGAAGUCAAGUUCGGCAUGUUGACGACGAAGCAAUCCGAGGGAGAAUUCCUCACCUCGCGCUGCAUGGCUCUCGCCGGAAAGGAAAAUGGCGGCAUCGACCUCAUCUUCCACACCAACCUCUUCUCCGGAAAGACAAUGGACCUCACCCUCCACCCUCAAGAAACGAACAUGUCCUUCCUGGACCCCGUGAACGGCGCCUGGGCGUCAAUCUCCGGAACCGCCUCCAUCAUUUCCGACCCCUCUGUUGUUGCGAAGUACUACUCGCCGGCAUUGAAGGCAUGGCUGGGUGACAUGGGCGAUGGAGUGCACGAUGGUUCGCCCUCCGACCCCCGUAUUGGUGUGAUCAAGCUCGAGGCGAAGCUGGCAACUCACGUUGUUUCCCGGAAGGGACUGCUGGGUCGUGCGGUCGAUACGGUGAAGGGUGCCGUUCAAGGCAAUGUCCCUGCCAUCAACAGCAUCCGGGAAUUGAGUCUGGAAGAGCUGGCUGAGUGGCGCAAAUCUCACCCGAACUAA